AUGUCGUCUAACAGCUCCCACCUUCUUCCUCCGCAGGAACAGGAAGACCUUCCUCUCCGGCACUUCUCCGAUCAAUCUCAGCAUCCGCCGCCGCGCCACUUUUCUGAAACACCUUCCCUCCUCACCGCCAGUUUCCUCAACCUCCCUUCCAACGCAGCCACGGCUGAAUCCGAUUUUGCGCCUCCGCAUCGCAACGGAGACAGCUCAUCUGCUGCUACGAACCGACGGUGGCUCUCCUUCAAUUCGGAGAUCCCAAACACCGGAGAAGUCCGUCCUGAAGUCAUCGACGGAGUCAACGCCGAUGGUGAAACGGUACACGGCGUUGUUGGUGGUGGUGGAGGUGAAGAUUGGAAGAGCGCUAGCUACAAGGCUGCGAUUCUGAGACAUCCGAUGUACGAGCAGCUUCUGGCAGCUCACGUGGCUUGCCUUAGGGUUGCGACUCCCGUUGACCAGAUUCCGAGGAUCGAUGCCCAGCUCAGUCAAUUGCACACCGUCGCCGCAAAGUACUCCGCUCUCGGCGUGGUUGUGGACAACAAGGAGCUUGAUCAUUUCAUGUCACAUUAUGUUGUGCUGUUAUGUUCAUUUAAAGAACAACUCCAACACCACGUUUGUGUGCAUGCAAUGGAAGCCAUUACGGCUUGCUGGGAAAUCGAGCAGUCACUGCAAUCCAUAACCGGAGUUUCUGCAAGUGAAAGUAACGGGAAGACAAUGUCGGAUGAUGAGGAUGAUAAUCAAGUAGAGAGCGAGGUGAACAUGUUUGAUGGGAGCUUGGACGGUUCAGAUUGCAUGAUGGGAUUUGGUCCUCUUGUUCCCACGGAGCGGGAGAGGUCCUUGAUGGAACGUGUGAAGAAGGAACUGAAGCAUGAGCUUAAACAGGGUUUCAAAGAGAAGAUUGUGGAUAUAAGAGAAGAGAUAAUGAGGAAGAGAAGGGCGGGGAAGUUGCCGGGAGAUACAACCUCUGUACUCAAAGAGUGGUGGCGCACUCACUCUAAAUGGCCAUACCCAACCGAGGAAGAUAAAGCAAAGCUGGUGCAAGAAACGGGUUUGCAGUUGAAACAGAUUAACAAUUGGUUUAUCAACCAGAGGAAAAGAAACUGGAACAGCAACUCUUCAACAUCAUCUACAUCCACUCUCUCCAAGAACAAACGUAAACGGACCGGGAAGUAG